ACGGCGCUUGCGCAGUGCCGGGGGGGCCGCCGGGAGUUGUAGUCGAUCGACGCCGGUCGCACCCGCUCCCGUUAUUUGUGGUUAAAGCGCCGAUGGGGUUAGAUAUCCGAGCGUUACCUGAGGACCUGGGGUUCGCAACAAUGCUGAUUUAUAAUCAGAUGCUCUCUGACACAGUGAUCUAAAUCGAGGCUUGCUGGUUUAUCUCCAAUGCAGCAGGAAGAACGUGGUUAUGUGUAUGUUCUGUUGGACUAACAGACAGACUAAAUGCUUCCUGGCUGCCAACAUAGUGCUUUGGAGCCAAAAUGCCAUCUUUGCCUGUCAAUUAGGCCGCCGCUGCUGCUGUAUUUCCACCUAAGCGAUCGCUGGCACAUGUAUGGUGUGGGUGCCUGUGCAAAAGUCGAGGGCUGACACGGUUGCCUUGCUACAUCGAUCCGACGCGAAUCUCUCGAAGAUGUUCCUCGAGUGGCUAUUGGACUGGAACUCGACUUUGGAGCGUGCCGCGGGCCUGGCGCAGGCGGGCGUGCGGGCGGCGAGGGAGUGCGACGUCACGGCGGCGACCGGCUUCGCCUGCGUCCUGGGGCUCUUCGUGUGGUACUGCUACCACAUGGGCAGCGAGCAGCCCCGCAGCCACGCCCCGGUCAACGCCAUCUUGCAGAGCGCCGACAUGAACGGCCUGCAGAACGGCUACGCCUGCUGCCAGUCGGCCGACUGCGUGCGGUGCACCCACAACGAGGGGCGCAACCAGAAGCUCUACCACAACCUGCAGGAGUACGCCAAGCACUACUCGUGGUCGGGCAUGGGGCGGAUCCACAAGGGGAUCCGCGAGCAGAGCCGCUACCUGAACACGCGGCCGUCCAUCCAGAAGCCCGAGGUCUUCUUCCUGCCCGACCUGCCCACCACCCCGUACUUCCCGCGGGACGCCCAGAAGCACGACGUGGAGUUGCUGGAGCGGAACUACCAAGCCAUCCUGGCUGAAUUUGAGUUGAUUUUCAAGGCAUUCUCAAACUGCAGCCUCCCGCAGGGCUGGAAGGUGAACACCACCCCCCGAGGCGACUGGUUCACCUUCUACCUGGUCAACCAGGGCGUCUGCCUUCCCAGUAACUGCAGGAGGUGCCCUCGGACGUACCGGCUGCUGGGCAGUCUCCGCACUUUCAUCAGUAACAAUGUCUUUGGGAAUGCCUGUUUCUCUGUGUUGAGCCCAGAAACUCUCAUCACUGAACACUAUGGUCCCACAAAUGUGCGCAUCCGCUGCCAUUUGGGUUUGAAGGUUCCCAGCAACUGUGAGCUGGUGGUGGGCGGAGAGCCCCAGUGUUGGGCAGAAGGUCGGUGUUUGCUCUUCGAUGAUUCCUUCCUACACACAGCAUUCCACGGAGGUUUGGGCGAAGGCGGUCCGAGAGUGGUCUUCAUGAUCGACCUGUGGCACCCGAACGUCGCCGCCACCGAGCGUCAAGCCCUAGACUUCAUCUUCUCUCCGGCCCGCUGACUCCACUUGCUCCCUGUUUUAAUCUUCCCCCUGCGCGGCAGACCUCGGAAGGAGCGGAGGAGCACCGGACGGGAUGAGGGCAUUUGGAUCAUUCGCCCUGCUGCCCCCUUCUCAUUUCACCAGAAAAGAACUAGGGGGGCAAAACAAGGAAAAAUCGAAGCUUUGUUUGCUGAAACUGCACGCCGUGUCGUGUUAAUGGUUAGAUGGAGGGGAAAAAAAUUCCAAGAUUUAUUUAUUUAUGUAUUGCUUCGGAUUUAUUUUUUUAACAAAGUGGAUCGGGCUUGAUUUCCUUUCAUUCCACCAGUCAGUGGGAUAGGUUUGUACUGCCUGUAAGAUUUUUUUUCUUUCUCUCUGCAUCUCAGCCAGUGGAAUUAUUUUCCUCGCGCUGUGUGUUUGUGAUUUUUAUUUUAUUUUUUAAUCGUAUCUCCUCUGUGAGAGCUAUGCCAGGUGAGACACUGUGAAAGUUUUACUGACCCAGAUCUGGUCUGGUCGUCAGCGUUUAUUUUGGGCGGGUGGGAAUAGGUAGGGAUAUGUCGAGCUGGGCGGCCGGAGGAAAAAAACCCCACACACAAUGGCAGUCCAAGAAUUUUCCAAAGAAAUUCCUGGGAUUGUGUGCCCGUGUACAGGUGAGUGGAGAAAGAUUCUUGUUGAGCAUGUGAAAAAAAAUUAUGACUGGAGUUUCCAGAUCAGUUAGCGAUCUCUCACAGACUACUGUACUUACUUUCUAGCUUCUGUACCUCAGCAGUUUUAAUGUAUUUUGCAAAUGCGGGAGGGGGGGGGGGGAACGACGUUUAAAAUAUAAAGGAUUAGUUUUAUAUUUAACAAAAAAAAAGGGAUUUGAAUGUGUUAAAGGAAACUUCGACACAAAGGUUGUCCUGUUCUCAAUCAGGGAAAAUGGCAGAUGUUGGGCACAUAGAGAGUGCUGAAUGUGACGAAACAGACAAGUUUAGGAAGUGACGCUGGGAUUAUUUCGAUUAUUUUUGAACUGCUAGUACUUCAUUUAAAUUUUUUUUUUUUUAAAUUCAGUAUAAUUCAUUAUCACUGGUAAUAAAUGGGAAGUUAUUUGAUACAUUGGCCUUCCCUAUGCAGUAAUGGGAAUGAAUGAGAAGAUAUCAUAAUUUAGUUUUAAUAGUUAAAUAGGUUUACAUUUAUUUUUAAUCUAUCAGUCAUUUUUUUUUUUUAAAUGUCUUUCUUCAAUUUGAAGAAAACUAAUUUUAGGUCAUUUUAUUUUAAAAAAUUGUCGAUUGGGAUUUCUUUGGGAUUAAAGCAACAGUUAUCUGCUUUUUGCCUUUUGUGUCAUCAAAGAAGCAAUAUUUGGUCAACAGCAUUGGAAGAUUAUUUUUGACUUGUGCAGUGACUGAAGAGCGUCAGGCUGUGGUAAAGAGUGGUGCCACACUCUUGUCGUUUCACAAUGCCGCGGUAAAGUGCAGAAGCACCGUACGAGAAGAGAAAAGGUCUGCACAUUCCUAUCAUCGCCAACUCCAUGUCUUAAAUGCUUGGUCCGAGCAUUGUCCCAGUGAGCUCUGCAUAAGAUUGUCCUCUCAACAGAUGGUCGACCACUCUACUGUGUUCUCGGAUGCUUUGAAUGGUAGAUUUGUGUUUGAACCAAACUGAGUUGACGGGUUGGAACCUUAAAACAGCCGCCUGAAUAAGGCGAGGCGAUCUUCCACAUUCAACUGUAACCAAGCCUGGGCUCUUUGUACCAUGUGAACUUAACUUGUAGUGCUGCAGUUAUCGACUUUGAUUACAAAAUGUAGUAAAAUAUUACUUUUCUAUUUGUGCCACCAGUGAAUUAGCACUUAUGUGAACUUGCGUCUUAAAGGGGACUAAUGCAAUGCCACAUAAUUCAGUUUUAACAUCUAUGCUCUUCAUGAUGCAAUGUGAUGCUUGCCUACGACUGUGAGUCUGACAUUUCCAUUUGAUGAACUAUAUUUUCAUACGUAUGCUUACCUCUGCGGGCCUAGUCAUUUUGGUUGCGUAUCUGGCCACUCGAUUCCUUCACACCUUUGGGGUGAGCCACUUCUAUUGAUGCACUUUACUAUAUAUGAUGAUCGCUAAUGCAUUGCAUGUCUACACAUGGAAUUGUGCUGGUGCAAGAUUUGAAGAAAUAAACCACACAUUAAGUUUUA